AACUGUUUUGUUGUUAUAUAAUUUUUGUUAGAUCAUCUACAAACAUUAGUGGUCGAAGUGGACAUUCUAAUUUUUCUUCAGACAAUCGCGGUAUAGAAGCCGGUAAGAAAUAUUUACAUUAUUUCAUACGGAGGUCGCGAUUCAUUUAUGGAUUUUUAGGCAAUAUUUUUUUGUUUUAAGGUCCAACCUAUGAAACGACUUCAGUAGCAUGGUUCCCCACUGAACCAACAACAUUAAUUGCUGGGCAAGGAGGCAAAUUUUUGAAAAUAUUUGAUGUUAGAGAUAAGCCUGGUACGUGUAUAACUGUACAAGUAAAAAGUACACUUCCAAUAGAAACUAUUUUAAUGAAAAAACAACUACUUUAAUGAAAAAAAAGGAAUUGUAUAUAGUAUACAAAUACAUAUUAAUUACUUUUUAUGUAGACACUUUUUGUCACCCCUUAAAUUUAUUUUAGUUUCUGGUCAAUAUCAACUUUAGCGAUUGUUUAAAUGAACCAAAAGGAAAACAAGGAACAACUAAUUCCAAAAGAUAAAAAACUAAUUUGUUAGUUUAAAACUCAUUAAUACUGUUUCCUGAUUAUAUCGUUUUAGAAGCCUAUUUUAAGCCAAAGUCGUAUACCAAUACUAAAGCUGUGUAUGGCGUUUGUGUUGAUCCAAAUUUUGAACAUCGAGUGGCUUCGUUUUUUGAGGUAUAUAUUGUAUAUUAUACUUUCCUAAUUAUUCGUCCUCUGUCUCUGUAUUUGAUAUUUCGUAUUCUCGUUGGAACUUUAAUCAAUUUUAUUAUGAACUGAGCGCACAUGUCGAGCGCAUAUCAUUUCUUAUGUUUCACGAAAUGCUUAACCUUAGGGCGACCAAGGAGCUGUUCUUGUUUGGGACGUUCGACAUUUUGAAAAACCUGUAUCCUUUUUUACAAUGGGUAUGCAUAUAGUUAUUAUACCGAAAAACAUACUGUUUUAAAACCAACCUAUAAUGAACGACUUACAUAGAGUGUAUGCCACAGGUGCAUGGAAAAUGUUUUUAUCGUUCUGGGAACCUGUGUUUAGAGCUCAAAAUUGUCUGCAAAAGAUUACGAUAAAAUAUUAUAUAGGGAGAUGUCUUUUCUACCUUAUAUAUAUAUGGAUUAUGUUCUUACGUUCUUAAAAAUGUGUUGUCGUAUGAAGCAAUAUGUCUUAAAGGUAAAUCCUGAAGUAGUCGUUAGUUAUUAAUGGUUACAGUUUUACAGGAUUAUUGGAUUAAAAACAAAUAUUAAUUUUCUACUGCAGGCCAUAUGCCAAUUUUCAUUCCGAACUGUUACGCUGUAAUUUAUAUAGGUAGCGUGUUAGUAGAUUAACCUGCAUGGUAUUCAAUCAUUUCAAUAAUCACGCGUAGUUAGUAAUUUAGAUAUUCAAUCAGUGUAAUUUUCAGAAUUCGCUAUCAAACAUACAUAAGAAAUGUCUGCAAAUUUCUGCAAAAAUAUAGAUCCCCCCAAAAAUUCUGGGAACUACUGUAGGUUCCGCGAAAAGCAAACGGUUUGUUACAACGAUGCGCUGUGAUUUGGUUCCAUGUCAGUUGAGUCAAUAUAGUAAUUUUGAGGAGUCCUGUUAGCACGGUAAAAUAUAAUAUGGAUUAAAAUAAUAUUUGAUGUAUAUUUUUCAAAUCUUUAUGAAAAUAUAUGCAGGAUUGUACAGUAAGCCAAAACGAAGGCUUUUCAAAUCUUCAAGGCAGGUUAAUUUAACUAUAUUAGCCUGCGUGGCAGGCCCUCAAUUUUAUGGGGGGCCUGAUUUGCAACGGGCAGGAUUCUGGCUGGCACGGGGGAGGAUUCCUCUCCCGUGCCCGCCAGAAUCCUGCAUGCCCGUUGCAAAUCAGGCCCCCCAUAAAACUGAGGGCCUGCCUCGCAGGCUAGUUAACUAUCAAUAUAUAUACAGUUAUAGCAAAUUAUGUUUGAUGUUCUUGACAAAAGGCAGUUACUUGCUCUUCCCGGUAAGCAUGUCAUUCAAAUAGAAUGGAAUCCGACAAGGUUAGUUACUGUAAAUUACGAUAAACGUUAUAGGGAAUGCUUAAUACUCGUUAAAGAGACCCGUCACUAGAGGUGUGCAUCGGAUCGGAUUGGACGUUUUCUAAUACGACAAUUGCCUAAUGUUUAAAAUCCGAUCCGAUCCGAAAUUGUCUAAUCCGAAUCCGAUCCUAUCCGAGUUUUGAAAAAUCCGAUCCGAAGAAUUCUUUAAUAAAAUAAAUUUCUCAUUCAAGUUGAAGUAUUUAACCAAAUAAAUAUAAAAGCAAGAAAUACAUGUCAAGAUGCUGACAAAGUGACGUCCAAUUGAAGUAUCAAACGAAUAAUGCAGCGACAGCCACGAUGAUGCUUUGAUAAAUGCAUGGAUAAUGAAUUCUUGCGAUAAUGCGUGGAUAAUUAAUUCAUUUUAUUUCGGAUAUCGAAGUCCGAUCCGACUACGAAACAACUUUAUCAAUCCGAUCCGAAAUGAAUAUUUUGGUUCCGAAAUCCGAACGAAUCCGAUCGGAUCGGAUUUUCACACCUCUACCCGUCACAUUUCUAAACAUCACGCCCAUUGCAUGCAUGGAUUUUUUUUAUUCGAAAGAAAUUUCAGUUUUAUUUUGUUUGUUUAAUUCUUGUAAUUGUAAAGCCUCUUUGGUGAAUAUCUAUAUGAUUGCAUAUUUUUCAGAUCUGGAUUGUUGGCCUCCUUACGGAAAGACGAAAAAGUUGUUCACCUUCAUGAUAUACAGUAUGGUUCACCCGGUGAGUAUAUACUCGUCCAAACAUUUACGUUUUCCCUGCAGCUUCUCUUGCAUAGUUUUCUUAACACUAAUUAUCAUUUAAAUAAUUUUCUUUCACGUUACGAACUGUGUCCGAUGUAAAUCGUAUUGAAUUGUUUAUAUCUAACUUUUCUAACUUUUUCCUUUCACAUUUGUAAGACCUGCCAGGAAUACAUAAAUUUAGCAUGUAUAGUUUGAUCCAUUUGCAUGUUUUGUUUGAUCCAUUUGUUCCUGUGGAAAACACUAUCAUUUUUUAGAUUGAAAAGUUUUCAACCGAAUGCCCCCAUCUUCAUCAGUGCAAAUUUCGUAUUGUUUUAUAUGAUGUCAUAAAUAAUUGUGCAUGCUGCCAAAUGCUGCCUGUUUCCCACAAAAUGAAAUGAAUUUUAUGUAAUUGGUUAUUCGCUGACACUACAGAUGGUUUCAUCAUGCUUUUAAUGGAUUUUGUAGAUGGAAAUUUCCAGCAUUCAAAAGAUAAUAUACAAUUUUAGACCUAAUAAUAUACAUGAAAACAUUUCUCAAUUCAGAUUGCCUAAGAGCAUGGUGCAAUUUUUUCGAAAUACAGUACCAAAAAAUGAAAUACAGUGCAAAUUUCAUUGACUAUAAGAUACAGCCAUUUCUAGCAGAAAAUAAUACAAAAAACCCCAAACAUUUACAAGUGACAAAAUUGGCUGGCGUUUUUAGUAGAUUUUCUAUUAAAAUUACUUAUAUUAAAAUGAGCUAUUUCGCAUGUGACCUACGCACGCGCAUAUGACUGCAUAAUUUUUCAUGUAUAUUGAUUAAUAAUAUGGUUUCUCGUGCAAUUUGGGAAACAUACACUCGUUUCAAAGACUUCAAUCACUUUGAUCGUCUUUGAAAAACUCACUCGUGCAUGUUUUUACCAAAUUAGCCAUUCCGAAGUUGAUGAGUGGACUGGGUACGAGUGUUAAAAAGUGCCCAAAUUAAGAAAUGAACCAAAUCACUAAAACGACCACCUCAAAAUUAGUAAGUAUACAAAGUUUGAAGACGUUUUCAUGAAUACCCUUCGAAUAAUAAGCUUUCGAAAAUUGUGAAAUUGCUGAUUAAAGAUUGUUUUUGGGACGCGCGUCCCAUAAACACAAAUUACAGUACAUUUCAUAGUAAAUAUCACGAUUUUCGAAAGCUUGUUAUUCGAAGGGUAUUCAUGUAAACAUCUUCAAACUUUGUAUACUUACUAAUUUUGGGGUGCUCUUUUUAGUGAUUUGGUUCAUUUCUUAAUUUGGGCACUUUUUAACACUCGUCUCCAUUUCAUCAACUUCGGAAUGGCUAAUUGCACCCGAAACCAUACUAUUACCUAUAUACUAACCACGAGCAGUUGCGAAAAUGCAACUUAUAGUAACUAUAUAGGCCCCGCGCACCUAAAUCAUUACUGGAUUUAAUUUAAGAAUAACAUAGAGCAAUAAAUAAGCUAGAUAUUUUAUAAACAUUCAGGUGUUGCAGUCACGGAGGAAUAUUAUACAUCACGACCCGAUUUUGGGUGACAACAAUAAUAUAGACAGCAGAAAAAACCUCUGCCUGAAUCCGCCAGGAAAUUGCCUUUUCCAAUUCGUAAUCAGGCGAUAAACAUGUAUAGCUCUAUAGGAAGAAACCUGCGAUACUUUGGUGAGAGUCUGUGAUAUGUGGUGGAAGUCAAACAAUUACGUAGAAUUAUGCGUUGUGACGUCACUUACAAAAGCUGAAUAGCCAAUAUGCGACGCUAUAGUAUACAUAGGCAUCAUAGCGCGGUAGCUCUAUGUAUAUCCCAGUCUAUAGUAUAAUUAUAGUGUAACAUAUUACAUACAGUAUAUGUAUUUUCAGUUGAAAUCUUUAAGAAAAGUUAAGUUAUUUAUCACUUGAUGAUUUCAGCUUAUGGAAAUGCAAGUCAUGAAGCUGAACCUACAUCCUUCGAAAGACAUACUGGAGGUAAAUAAGGACCCUCUGCAUAAAAUCAAAUUAAUUCAAUUCAUUACUAAUUGUGCACACGUAGACGCUAGGAAUUUAAUCUUAAAAAUAUAAAUUAAUAUUUAUGUUAUUGUUUUAGCACUAUUUUCAAAAUAUUCGCAAAACAUUAUUUACAAAAUAUUAUUUUGCAAUAUAAUUUUCUUGAAGUUGGAUUAUUAGUAUUUUUCGUAUUUUAACGGACCUUAUUCAAUUUCAAUCAUUAAGAAUUCAUCGACAUAUUGCACAUAUUGCCGUAGGUGCAUGAUAAUUGGAUUGCUUUGUUGUGUAAAAAACAACUUGGUAUUGCAGAAUUGCGUAAAUUGCUAUAAAAAUUGAACAAAAUGCGAAGACCAUGCAUGACUUUCUCGGCUUUCGUCAAAAUAUUUCGCAUAAUAUGUUUCGACCAUUUUUGUUGAAUUAAACAACAUUCAGAGAAAUACAAUGUACAGUAUUGUUUCAAUUUUUUAGCAUUAGACCAUAAUAUUUCUGGAUUGAGUUGGCAUCCUUCUCAUGAGAAUAGGAUGCUUACCAUAUCUCCUAAAGGUAUUUAAUUAUUGUAGAUUUCUUUAAAUGAUAUUCUUAGUUAUGCUAUAAGCUUUUAACUGUCUUAUAUUGUUGAAAAUACUGUAAUUUCCCGUUGAUAUAUAUAGGUGGCAUUCAGGAUUUAACGAUAUUUGAGAGAAUUUGUUUGGUAUGUACAUGGGUUCUUUGCGUGAUAUACCUCUGAAAUACAUUUUUGGUGUCAUGCUGUGGUGCCAAUUCUCUAAUUAUAAAUGUGUUAUAUAAAUUAGAGAAUUACCCACUGCAGCCUUAAUUUUGUAUUCUGUUCUCAUUUACUGUACUUUGUUAUUUAUUAGCGGCAAUAAAAUUUAAAUUUCGUAUAACUUUCAUGUGUUAGCAUGCAAGCAUGCAGUGAAUGCAACGGAAAAUCCAUACUCAAAAACGAAGAAAACUAAAUUUUAUCGCCAUAUUUGCUCAUGACUUGGUAACCGUCUCAGUUAAGGCGGAUUUCCAUUCGUUGCAAAAGGUCGCGCGAUCGCUUUCUUUUGUCUCAUGAGCUCUCGACUAGAACGGUUCAAGUCGAGUGCUCAGGAGUCGACAAAGAAAGCGAUCCCCAAACUUCGAUUGCACGCUACUGUAGCUUGCAGUGAAUGGAAAUCCGCCUUAAAAGAGGACAAUAUACAGAAAAUGAGAACAGACUACACAAGCGGAAGUGGAGAGGGUAUGCAUGUGUCAAAAAUAUGGUAAGUGCACCUAAGCGAACGUUUCGUAUUGUGGUUGUCGUAGCAUCACACUAGUUAACAGGUCUCACUCUCCUAUCUCUCUAUACCUUUUGUUAUUUGCACUUAUUAUUUACGUUCUUAUAGGUGCCCUGGUGACUACAAACUAUUGUACUAAACAAAACUUUCGUUCCAAAGUGUCUACAGGAGAACUUGUUAAAAUAUGACGGGGAGAGAGCUGGUAACUAGUGUGCUUCUACAACAACCAUAGAUAUGGCAACCACAUAAACAUUCCAAAAUGUUUGCUGCAGAGGUGCACGUUCCAACUGCACCAAAUUUCUUUUAAUUUCGUUGAAUCACUUCAGAGAGUUCCAACCAGUGACGUCAUAACACAAAAUACAUCAUGUUUGAUAACUUGGGUUGAAAUAAUGAUGCAUUCUACUAUAAUUUUCGCUUCUGCAUUACUUGCACUUUAGGCACAAGUGACCCCUUGUUCCUCUCUACUGCAUGUAAUAACCAUGCAGUAGCAUUAACAUGAUAAUAACGUUUCGGUGUAUUAAUUGUUGUCCAUAAUUAACAGAAGUAGACAUUUUCAUUUAUUUAUUAAUUUGUUUUCUUGUUCUCUCUCUGUGAUUUAGAGCUGGUCUCCAAAGUUCUCUUUGGCAUGGGGUUGUGGUCGUCGGCUUAUCCAAUGUAGUGGAAAGGUAAGGGCUUUAAUAGUUUUUCAAUGUUGGCGGAGACGCGAUAGCUGUAUAGUGGAAUAAUGUUUUUAUUGACGUUUCGUCAACCAGAGAAAAAGGGACCGAAAUCACGGGGUUCCGACAUUAACGAGGUGCCGUAAGGGUUGGGAUAACUCUAUUACUGUAAAUAUAUACCAGAGUGGUUAUAACCUGUUUGUAAAUUCAAAAGAGUCAAAACGACUCCGACUCCAAAGGAGUCGUUUCGACUACUGCAUCAAUAUUGAAUUUACAGUGAUAAAUCUGCAUGUUUUUUAAUUGUAUAGUCUGAAAUAGACGAAGAUAUAUCAGUGAAAAUGUACAAAAGGGCUUGUAAUUCAUACGGUAUAGAAUGGUCAAACACUAAAACUGUCGAGGAUCAACGACUUGCAAAGUUAUGGGCGUGGUUUAGCCGUAUCCUUUAUCAAAUGUAUAAGCUUGUUCUAACUCAGCUAUAGAAGUAGACGUGUAAUAAGAUUUAUGGUUAUUCCUUUAAACAGUAUUCUUUAAAUAUGUGGUUUUUGAUAAUAAUGUGGUUUUUGAGCACGUUCUUGCUAUAUUCCCUGAUGAGUACAAGUUAAAGUAUGGGUGAUUUGUUCUGCUUAUCUGAAAGUCCUCUAGUCGUUUUUAAUAUGUUGUAUUAGUGCAUGUCAAAUGUUCCAGUUACUGAUCCAUUUUAUAAAUGGCAAGGUAACUGUAAUUAUAUAUUUUUAAAUGCUUUGGUUGGAUCCUUAAUAGAGUCUUAGGUGUGAGCCAAAUACAGAAAAUAAUAGGUAUAAGGUACCUCUGUUGUUGAUAUAUUUGUAAAUGGACUUUUUCUUACUAUGCAUGGAUAUUUUCAAGAAUGUAACUUUCCGGGAAUUGCAAAUUUUAACUGCAUCGUACGAUUACGUUACUUAAUUUUCUUUUGUUAUAUUCUAGAUAAUAAAUUUAAGAUGAUCAAAUAUCCUGGUGUAAAGUCAGUAAUAUGUGGUGAAGCCAGUCAACAAAGCAAGUUAAUAACUACAUGCUAAUUUGCCUUGUGCUAUUAUAGUGUAAUAUAUCCAUCACAUUUAUUUCAAAUCUAUUCUAUGAUUUUUACUAUGUAUUUUAUUGUGUUUUUAUGUCAGGUGUUUGUCCCAGAUCAAAUGAGUUUCGAGAUCCUAGGUUGCUGGCAAUUGUGUACUACAGUGAUGAAAGGUUUGUUUCCACAAAUACCUAAUAUCUCGUCAGUUUUACAGUAAAGGGUUUUUUAUAUCUACUGUAUAGUAUGGAUCUUUACGUUUAUUUUACGUUUAUUUAACUUCGCCAUUAUCAUGCAUUCAUGGCAGGGUCACCACAACAGUAUGGUACCAAUUACUGUGGGCCCUUUAAAUAGAUAAUAAAACACAAAUAAAACACAACGAAAGCUUCGAUUUACCUGUUCAAAGUCAUCGAUCACACGAAUUGAAACUUGAAGCUAAGGAAACAAAUUCCUCGAAGUUUUCGUUGUAUUGUAUUUCACAAACAUACUUAAUUAGCUGCUUGCAAAUUUUAUAAAACAUAUAACAAUUCAUAGAAUAUAAAAUAGCUAUUGAAACAUAAUAAACAAGGCUAGGAAUACCUGACAACUUCGAAAAAUAGAUCAAAACAGUAAAGAACCUGGACGUGCACAAAUUGACUUAACAUCUAACAGAUACAGUAUACUAAGUGUGUGUAUAAGUUCGAAGAGGCAUUUUUCAAUCCACCAAAUGGUCUGAAGAAAUAUGUCUGAAGAAAUAUUGUUAUUAUUGCAUUAAUUGCAAUGAUAUAAGCGAGAGAAUGAGCGACAUGCAGUCAAUUAGGAGAGGAAACAACCGUUAAGUCUUUUAUAUAAUGUACUUUAAUUUAAUUUGUAAUAUACUGAUGUUAAUGAUUAUUGUAUUCACAUGUUUUUUAAAGGCAACUUGCUCUUCAACUGUGUAAUUGGAAUUUUGAUUUGGACAAUGGCGCAAAUUUGAAAAUGUUUCUAAAUGAGUAAGUUCUUUACCUUCUUCAAGUGUCUUCUGAGGUAUUGUUUUGUUUAAAAUUACGUGUUUUAAAAUAACCAUUUAUGGUAAUUUAUUCUGGACUGUUCUUUUAUAUAUUCCAGGCAUGCUACACUCUCAUUAAUAAUUCACGAACUUAUACAUAAUAUAAUUUUGCACCACGUAGUUUUCUUGAUGCCGUUGUAAUAAGGAAAUUUAAUUUUCUCAACCUUACUGUUGACGUACGUGGGUAUACCGUAAUGAGGAAUAAUAUAUUACAGUGCGGAUCCAUGAAGAAUGGUCGGGGAGGUGCCUUCUGCCUCCGCAACAGCCACUGCAUGCAUGUCCAUAAAUAAUAAAAAUCUGGGUGUGCAAAUGGUGGGAAAGCUUAUUCUGUACUUAGUUGAUGUACAGUUAGCCUGAAAACAGACCUUCGUUUCGCCCGCCCUAAAAUUCGCGGGUCGACGGAAAGGGCGAAACAUAGGUCUGAUGUAGCCUCCUCCGCAGGCAACUCUGUGGGGGCCUAUAAUAGGUAAAAACUUACCAAAAGUACUCUUUAUUAACUUCAUAUUCAAUAAAUUUGCAUUGCAAACCACUUGAAAACAAGAAGAAAUUUUGAUAUUUCGUAUAUUAAGUUCAUAUACGAGUUAUUUUGACCGCGCACAACAAAAAAUUGUCCUGGAGACGAGGAUAAGGGAAAAACAGGGGGGGGGGGAGAAGGACGAAAGCUGUCCCUAAUCCUCCCCCAUCGUCACCUGAUACCCCCUUCUAAUACCCCGUUUUCCCCUCAUUCUCGUCUCCAGGACACUUUUUUUGUUGAGCGCGGUCAAAGUAAUUCAUAUAACCAGUAUACGAGUUUGCAAUGCAAAUUUAUUGAAUAUGAAGUUAAUAAAGAGUACUUUUGGUAAGUUUUUACCUAUUAUAGGCCCCCACAGAGUUGCCUGCGGAGGAGGCUAGGUCUGAUGAAAAUGUUGUCAAAAUCGCCUUCCGCCCACUUUGCAUUUUGCAAUAAUUAACGAUGAUGAUUGACACAUUUACAUGUAAACCUAAAAAUACAAUGAAAGUUGUCGAUUCACUUUAUUGAAAGUUUGUAAACAAAGUAAGAGUCGAUAAGUACAGAUGUUUGAAUAAAUAUUAAAAAUAUUGGUAACCCCAUGCAGUAUGUUGCUUUUAUGUACUCUUAACCCUUGUAAGCAAACAGUUACAGCUAGUAAUAAUACAACAUUUUCAACACAUUCUAUAAAUGCAAUAAAAUCUGCCUGCGCAAAUUUGGCAAUGGCCAUGUCCCAUUGUUGAAUUGCAUCCAAACUCUUACAAUUUAUACAUUUUGAAACCGCCAUACAAUGGUAAAAUCUAAAUAAAAUAUUUUGUACGUGCUAUAUGUUAUCGAAAUGUAAAUCAUAAACACACUAUUGCGCUGAUACAUAUUUGUAUCAUUGUAUCAGUUUUAUUAUCAUUAUCACAAAACGUAGAUAGUGUAAAAAAUAUUGUAUUGUAUAUUACAUCGAAAAGACACAACGCUGAAAUAUUUGACACGUACUGCUCUACUCCCUUCUAGUUUUAGUUUUAGACGGUAGAUACUGUUAGACUAUAGUUGUCGCUUGGCUUCACAAAAUAUUUAGAAUAUUACACUAUAUGCAUAUGAUAUGUGUUGAUAAUACCGUUGAAAUAUAUUCUGAUCUUUUAAUGUUAGCGACCAACCAAUCACAACCCAUUUCCCUGUGAAUUAGCCAAUCAGCUAUUCCGACCACCAGGCGGUCGGAUUCCACAGCGUUUUGACAUGAUUUUCCUCAGACCUUCGUUUUACGUUUCGCUAGCUCACCCCUAAGCAUCCCACCCGCAAAAUUUAGGGCGAGAAAAACGAAGGUCUGUGUUCAGGCUAAUGUACAGUAGUGUCGUUACACCGAGCUUCUGAACCUAACCCAGACCAUAACCAUAUCCCUAAUAUGAACUGAGUACAGAAUAGUUUUUCCCCGAAGGCACUCCAAGAGUUUACUUCGCCUAAAAAGUCACUAGACUACUUUGCUAUUCUGAAAAUAUCAGAAAUUAAGGACUGGACUUGUUUGUAUAUUUUUAAAUUUCAGAUUGAAAUCGAAAGGAAUGUAUGAGCGGGCUGCUACAUUAGCGGUUUUUAACAAUGAUAUACCAACUGCGAUUAACAUAUUGAGUGAAGGUUCAACUGCAAGAGUAGAUGGCAACUCACAGCAAGGUACAUUAUUGUUGAAAAUUGUAUACAUUACAAAGAACAGUAAAUAAACGCUUCCUGAAAUAUUUUCAGUUCACAUGGCAGAUAGAAGAAUCCUAGAUUUAGACUUUCCAAAGUCCGCGGUUCGUGGUUCCUGGAAGCGACGGACUUUUGUCACCCGCAAGCGCGCCAAAUUCACCGGUGCAUUUUUGCUCCGGUGACGUCAGUGAAUGCUCAUUAUUAUUAUGAACAAAACAAUAAUGAACUAGUGAAAUCGACAUGGUGAACGCCCACUAUGUCAUAAUUGAUUUUCGCGCCAAAUUUUUCAGUAAGAUUCAAAAUCAGGCAAGUGACACAAGUCACUCGCUUCCGUCUUUCUCAAGCGCUCCCUUCUUGCUACGGGCGGUCCCUAGCGAGCGACUUGGGCAAGUCUAUCCUAGAUUAUGCGCCAGAAAAUAUGCUCCGCGUGCACAAAAAAUUCUGCCUCCCUAAUAUUUUCUGAAAAAUCCUGCCCCCCGUCCUUGAAAAUCUUUCCGGCUUCCAAAAUGAUAGUCUUCUAUAGCAGACUGAUCUCAGCCGAUCCCCUGGAGCGGCAGGGAAACAGUCCGCGAUCGAUCAACACUAAUGCCCUACAGUUACGUAAGCAGUAUUUUGCAUAAUUAAUUUAAAAUUAUUCAUGGUCAGACUGAUGCAAAGACCAAGCUGUUUCACGAGACUUGCCAAAACUAGUUUGCAUGUUAAUUGUUUUAAUGUAUCGACAGAAAAAAGGGACUUAACAUCUUCGACUGCUCUCUUAAAGUUUUGUAAAUCCGUCAUUUUAACAAUGUAAUUUAUGCAAUUUUCGGCGAGAUCACAAAGGAAAAUUUCAACCAAGCCGCUACAGGGUUGGCUGAGAUCAGUUAUACAGGGUGUAUAAAAAAAAACUGCACAGAUUUGAAAUUGCUCUUAAAUUCGCAAAACAGCUAUUAGUAUCCAGUUUUUGAAAAUGUAUAUAGCUUCUUUGGGUACUUAUAAUGUAGAAAAAUGGAAAAAAUUUCUCGGACUCAAAUUUUGUAAACCAGGGGGGGGGGGUGUGUCUUUUCCAACAAACUAAAAAUGGCUUGCGCACGAAAUUUAAAAGCUUUAAUCAUAUUUUAAGUUAACAGAUGGAAAUUUUGUUGAGUGUUUAAUUACUGUACAAAAUUUCAGACAAUUUGCUUCAGUUUACGCCCUUUAACCAUUCACGCAAACUUACAUUUUUUCUUAAAAAAUCAAAUGCAAAUGGUUGCAUGCUAAUUAAUGCCUUUGCCUAAUUUGCAUAUGUCAGCAAUAUGCAAAUUAGGUAAAGGCAUCAAUUAAGCAUGCGAAAGGCUAAUUUUUUAGAGAAAAAUGAAUAGUUAAAGGCUUAAACUAAAGCAAAUUGUCUGAAAUUUUGUACAGUAAUUAAAAACAAAUGUUCCAUCUAUCAACUCAAAAUAUGAUUAAAGGCCCUGUUACACGGUGCAAUUUUUCAUGCAACUUGUCUCGCAAUGGCGUUGCGAGACAAGUUGCACGAGUCAUUGCACCGUUUAACAUGCCUUGCAAUGGUCAAAAUCGUUGCGAGACAAGUUGCAUGAAGCAUUGCAGAGAGUAGAAGUCGGUUUUACUUUUGGCAACGAUUGCACUAAUUAUUUUUAGCAUUGCAGCGUGUAACAUGGCUUCGUGCAACUUGUCUCGCAAUGUUUAUAGCCUGUAGAGUUCCUAUUGGCUCACCCCAUUACGCGCUUUACUUUAAUUAAAAUUUGGCGCCAAAUAGCGCCUCUCCCUAGUCUCUUCGCAUGCCUCUGUCCCCUAUCGUUGCGAGUUGCAUGAAAAUCAUUGCAGCGUGUAACACCUCUUGCAAUGCAUUAUCAAAAUCUUUUUUUAAACAUUGCGAGACAAGUUGCAUGAAAAAUUGCACCGUGUAACAGGGCCUUAAAGCUUUUAAAUUUCGUGCGCAAGUCAUUUUUAGUUUGUUGGAAAAGACACGCCUCCCUGGUUUACAAAAUUUGAGUUCGAGAAAUUUUUUCCAUUUUUCUACAUUAUAAGUACCCAAAGAAGCUAUAUACAUAAAAAACUAGAUACUAAUAGCUGUUUUGCGAAUUUAAGAGCAAUUUCAAAUCUGUGCAGUUUUUUUUUUAUACACCCUGUAUAUCAAUAUCAAUUAUAUAUUAUUCAACUCACUCCCCAUUUGGGCGUUUCCCUUUGGGAGGAAAUUGGAGCGCCCGGAGAAAUCCCACGACUUUCGGCAGAGGGUGACAAAAUCUUUUCACAUAGAUCCGUCUAGCCACCAAAGCCCCAUUGGUAUGUAUCUUUAUUAUGCACCGACACUACAGAUUUCAAGAACGAUCAACUAUAUGAAGGUUUCUUACCCACGUAGUUCGGAAUAGACGACUGAUUUGUUAAAUGUGUUUUGCAAUUACAGUAGUUGAACUAUGGUUUUGUACAAUCUUAGAUCCAUUUCUUGGCAUGGUAGCCAUGGCUUUAUCUGGCUAUACAGAAGAAAGGACAUCGCUUUGGAGAGAUCAUUGUUUACAAUUGUGCAAACAGGUACGUUAUUUUAUUUUAUUUACGCCCGUGCAUAUCUAUACAUUACAAUUAUAAGCACCCAAAAUGACACUACGAGAAUAGCAACCGAUUGUAUUGUAAAAAUACAUCAAUUUUGGCUUGCAUUUGCACAUUACAUUGCGACAAAUGAAUCUCGUUUCCUUUAUUAAAUCUUGAACCAACGUGGUUGCCUAUGUCUUUUGCUUCUAUAAAUGUAUGUAUGCACAGGGUGUAUAAAAAAAACGCAACCUCGGAAUUUCCUAAGAAAUCACUUUGCAAUUCUUAAGCAUAAAAGAUUUUAGGCACCUGGGAAUUGCUAUUAGAUCAUAUUACUGUUGUUGUGCAUUAAAUAAAUGCAUAAAUUUUGCUUUAUGCACUCGCGUCUGCAGUAAUUUUGACAGUUGUGCUAUUUUAAAUUCCCAGGCCCCUAAAAUCUUUUGUCUUUAAAACAAUGUCAAUUUCUUGGGAAAUUCCGAGGUUGCGUUUUUUUUAUACACCCUGUACAUAUAUUAUAAUUUGAUUGCAGUCUAGUAAAAAAAAUCCCUCUUUGAAUAAUAGUGGUCUGGAGAGGAAGCGGAAUGGACUGCUUCGUUUCAUUGUUCUUUUUUUUCCUCGCAAAUCGCAAUGUUCCGUAAUAUGCUCUCCAGUCACAUAUUGUUCUUAAUAAUUUUUUGCAAGCUGCAAAAGACCUAAAAAUCAGACCGAAGUGAAUUGAUUCGUCUUUAUAUUUGUCCCGACUGCUAAAGCUCAGAUAAAUUCUCUGUUUUAUACAUGUUGCAUGAUUACAAUAAGCAAAUUUUAAGAGAAGAUUCUCAAGUUUGCAUGUUGCUCAUUCAUAUUUUAUAUUGUGCACUUGAUAAUAUUCAACAUAAUUAAUACAAAUGUUAAAUAUAGUUUGUGUAUCCAACUUCAACACAUACUCCCACGUUCUUCAUCAUAUCAUCUGCUGCUCGUGUAUUUGGUCACAGCUUUAGUGCCUUCGCUUACAGCAUGCUUAGCCAAUUCACCUGGCAAAAGAAGUCUGACUGCCGUCUGUAUUUCUCGAGAAGAGAUCGUAGACUUCUGAUUAUAGUGAGCCAAACGUGUCGCCUCUGAAGCAAUUCGCUCAAAUAUAUCAUUAACAAAGGAAUUCAUGAUAUUCAUUGCUUUACUUGAGACACCAGUGUCCGGGUGAACUUGCUUGAGAACUUUGUAGAUGUAUACAGCGUAACUUUCCUUUCGUUUUGCUUUUCUCUUCUUUCCUUUCCCAUCAACAAGAGGUUUUAUAACUUGUGCUGGUUUCUCUGUCUUCUUGCUCCCCGCAGUUUUGGGAGGCAUUUUAGUGUAUGGUACUUCUAUCCCACUGUUUUGCUGAAGUUUUUUUCUUGUGUGUGAAAGCAAUUUGGUUCUGCUUCGCUUUAUAUCGCAGACAAUCGGAUCAGUGAAACAAUGGCGUAUUGAUAUCAUAGUCUUUCAUUGGCUGAAAACUAAAAACG